AUGGAUGUAAAGUUACAGUCAUUAGAAGCAUUAGAGAAGAAAGUAGACAGUUUUGAAAAUGAGUUGAAAAAAAUUUGGCUUCAUGUGCAUGACAGUACUAAAAGUAAUGAUGAAAAAGUUAUGAAAAUUGAUGAAAGAGUACAAAAUGUUGAGUUUGCCGUAGUCGAUAAGGAUGAUCAAAUCGAAAAACUUUUAAAUGAGAACAUUAAAAUGAAAGAUGAAGUUGUAUAUUUAAAAUCACAAUCAAUGAGAAACAAUUUAAUCUUUGGUGGAAUUAAAGAAGAGAAAAACGAAAAACCCGAAGAAACGGAACGUAUACUUCGAAAUCACCUGAAAGAAAAGUUAAACAUGGCUGAGGAAUAUGUUAAGUCACUACAAAUUGAGCGUGCCCACAGAAUGGGUGUUCAAGGGCAUGACGAAAGAUCGUUUUGUAAUCGCAAAAUUGUUUGCAAAUUUACAUAUUUUAAAGAUCGGGAGUUCGUCCGAAGUAAAAGAAAGCUGCUCGAAAAAACACCCUACUUUUUACAUGAACAGUUUCCCCCAGAAGUUGUACAAAAACGACGUAGCUUAUUUCCUAAACUGAAAAAGGCCCGAGAGGAAAACAAAACAGCAUGGAUUGCCUACGACACGCUGUUCGUCGAUGGUAAACCAGUCAAGUCAGCCUAG